AUAGCAGUAUAGUCUACAGCAGUCAGUGGCGAGGGAAACAAAACAAAAGAUUUCCAUUGAAGCAAAAAAUGGAUUGCAUUUGUAAAGAAUUGGAGGUUAACAGCAAGAAUAUAUUCCCCACCGCUUCGUCGAACUUGUUCGCCGUCGUUGUUCACAGCAGCUGGCUAAAGAAAUGGCUCAAGAAUGGUGAAGUCGAUAAUUCUGUGAACGAUGUAGAUUUUACCCUCCAACUUGGUGAAAGUGUACCCUACCCUUGGCGGAAAAUAUUUAUCAGGGUCCUAAACAAAAAGGUGUCCAAAGUUUUACCAGUGCCACGAUAUAAACUGAACGAAAACAAUACAGAAACUCCCUUAACAUUUUCGCAGCUCUUACAGUAUGUCUCCCAAACAAAUCAAAGAACUUUAUGGAAAGAAUCCUAUAAGAAAUAUUGUCAAAAUAGUGAAAAUCCCAAAGAAAGUACCAUAGUGAAUUUACUAGAGCACGACCAGCUGUUGUCAGAGGUGAUACUGCGACUAUAUGGCUGUAAUAUUAUCAGAAUUAAAAAUGACAAACCACCAGAGUACAAAGAAAUCAUUCCUAACAAACAUGUAUCAAAGUCUUAUGAGACCCAUGUCAAUUUACUUGCAGCAAUGUUUGCUUUAGAGACUGACAAUAACUACUUUGUAGUCUACAGAGGGCAUUAUGAGAACAAUUUAUUAGACUGCUUAAAUUUUAGUCCAGCUUUAGUCGACAAAAAUUAUGCUCGGGGUCUAUUUGUGAUAUAUCAACUGCUCAAUGUAGUGAAAGCAAUGAGUGAUAGGGGCUUGAGUUUAGGAAUGCUUGAGUUGAAAGAUGUAUAUUUAUCAGAGAAUUUGUGGCUGCAGAUAUUGCCAGUGAUCACUAACAAUAUUCAUCCUUUAGAUGCAUCUUUAAUUUAUGAACAUAAUAGGAGUAAACAGAGUACUCCAGGAGUGUCUACUAGCCAGGGAGGACAGAGUAAGAGGGGAGAGGAUUGGCGGCGCAGCACGGCGGUGCAGCUGGAGAAGUUGUGCAUGCUGUGGGUGAAGGGGAGAAUUUCCAACCUGGACUACCUGCUACACCUGAACAUGCUGGCGGGGAGGUCAGCUCAUGAUCCCCAGGCACAUUUCAUGGUGCCAUGGGUGACUGACUUCUCUUUGAGAUGUGGCCGCAACUGGCGUGACCUGAGCAAGUCCAAGUACCGGUUGAACAAAGGCGACCGGCAGCUCGACAUGACGUAUGACGUGUCCAACCACGAGCAGACACCGCACCAUGUGACCGAUGCACUCUCAGACAUCACCUGCUAUGUAUACUUGGCCAGAAGAACCUCAAAGGAAGUGCUGUGCAAGUACGUGCGCAACAACUGGGUGCCGGCGGAGUACCCCGCCUCUAUACAGCGCAUGCAGGAGUGGACCCCGGAGGAGUGCAUUCCGGAGUUCUACACCGACCCCACUGUCUUUAAGAGCAUACACGAGGACUUGCCGGACCUAGGUAUUCCCUCAUGGGCUACUUGUGUGGAGGACUUCAUAACUAAGCACAGAGAAGCUUUGGAGAGCACACAUGUAUCUGAGAAUUUACAUCAUUGGAUCGACAUUACUUUUGGUUACAAACUAUCAGGGCCAGCAUCAGUGAAAGCGAAGAACGUGUGCCUGUCUCUAGUGGACGGGCACACGUCGCUGCGCAGCGGCGGCUCGGUGCAGCUGUUCGCGGCGCCGCACCCGCCGCGCCUGCCGCGCGCGCUGCCGCCCUCGCCGCCGCGGCUGCAUUGGACGCAGCACAGGGACGCCAAGAAAGUCAUCAAGCAAGAUAGUUCCGACGAAUUUUCAGACGAGGAAGAAGAGUCCAGUAGUUUACCGCAACAUGUCUCACGAUUGAAUGUCCCUACGCAACGCGUGCGAUCUCGACAUAAAAGCAGCAGUCGAGCGCGAUCAUUGUCCAAAAGCCAAAGCCAAGUCGAGGAACCCUCGACCACAGAGUCCAGGGCAUCCUCACACUCCAGACACUACAGGGUGCAACGCUCAGAACUCGGAAAGGGCGUCAUUUAUCUCCCAAAAGAAUUCAAUCCUGUCGCGUCCAUCCAAGCGCUCGAGGCUCUGGACAAUUUCAAGACGAAGUGUUUCUUCAGCAAAGCUGAGGACAAAGAGAAGCAUAAAGAAAACAUCACGACAUUAAACCUGUACCCAGUUCAACAGGAGGUGAAGAAGGACAGUGCUAAUGUGAAGGAAUCUGACGAUACCGCUUUCACCAACCAUAUGUUCCAAGCUUCGUAUGACCAGAGUUUUCUGAAAAAGUUCAGCCAAGAUGCUCAUUUAGAAAGUGUUUUGAAAGAGCGUAAGAAUAGAACGUUCAAUACAAGGUACACGACUGACGCGGCGGUUUAUAAACAAUUCGUGACAGAAAGCCGUCGACAAGACAUGCUCGUCGUGGGGUGUCUUAUCGUUGAGAUAUUCCUUCACAAUCAUAUACGACCUUUAAGGAUACACAGCGACUUUGUUGAGAGGUAUAAUAACUGCAGAACAGUUUUAAAGUACAACUUCUAUUCGUUACCCAAAUGCGUGAGUUAUGUCGCAUCCCUGUUGUUAAACGUUCAGCCGCCAAGUUUGAGUUUUAAGAACGAGCUAGCUCCAAAGAAGGAAGAUGCGAUGAAGAAGAUCACAGUGACGGAUAAGGGCCUCCCUCCGCCAUCACCCGCGCAGCUACUCCAGCCCCUACUGAUGCAGCAUCUAAUACCAUUUCCUCCAACGUUCAAUACAUUAUACAAGCUUCUCAGCACUUUACAUGAAUACGAACUAACAAGCAACGAGCUGAACAUUCUCUACAUGUAUGAAUGUGACGGCGUUCAAUGCGAAAAAUAUCAACAUGUCGACAAAACUAAACUGUAUUUCACACAGAGGAUAGCUGAAGGAAAGAUUCAAGCUUGCGUUACUCAUUUAGAUGUCCUAUUAAACCAAGCCAGCGGUCAAUUCGACGUUCUUGAUAUAUUUUUGGCCCAUUAUAUAGAGUUGCUCAAAAGUAAAGACACGUCAGUGUUAGCCGCCUGGUAUUUGUUCGACACAGUUAGCAAAGCCUUAGGCCCAGCAGAGACGAAAAACAAACUUUUGAGACAUAUAUUGAAUUUAUAUGAAGACGACGAAUUUGUCAUGGACAAACCGGAUCAGCAUAAAUUAACAGACAUAGAUUCGGCAAGUUUAACCGGGACAGCUGGUAAACAGAAGUUUGUCAAGUUGUAUCACCAUAUAUUUCUACUACAACUUAUGGUUCGUCUAGGACUCCAAUGUUUCUUAGACAAUUUCACUCAGCAUCUAGUGGAAGCUGUAGGAGGUUACAAGGACGUGACUUUGGAAUUAGGAUCACCGGGUCAUUUAUGCCACAAUAGAGCCAUGGCGAAUAAGAAGCCCAGGUACUCUGAUGAUAAUGUUAAAAACGCCUUGUCAGCUACCUCUGACAUCUUCUCACCGGACACAUCGUACGGUUCGGAGCAUGUCAUAACGCCAAGUAUUGAAAAGACAAGUGAAGUGGAACUAUCCAGAGAAAAAGAUUCUGACAAUAGGAGUGAAAACGAGUUGUUUCAUUUUGAAACCGAUAAGGAGAGACUUCCCAGCCGCAGCAGUCGCAGCAAGUCGCCCGCCGAGUCGAUCGACUCCUGCGCUUCGAACCCACAACAAGACAUAGCCAGCCCCUCUCCGUCCUCCGAGUUCUUCACUCCUUUACCGAGUAGAAGUUCCGUUCUCAACACGUCUCGUAGUUCAAAAGACCUAAAUGUAAUAGUAACAAAAGAAGAAUCAACUCCAGAAACUCCGAGUAAUGGCCCCAGGUCUCCUAAUAUCGACAUUCCAAGGGAAACUAUGUUCACUAGCUACCUACAUUUUGCCGAAGACGACUCAAAGGCAGAAGACGUAGAAACGCGGAAAGAACCGCACACACGCCAUGUAAAGAGUUUGGAAUUCAAUCGAGCCUUCGAGAAUGUUCCGAGUACUUCUCGAAGCUUGAACGAUGAUGAUGGGAACCAGAAAGAAAAUAACCAUUGUAAGAUUUCGGAUAUGAGUUCUGAGAGUUUGAUUUGGCUUGCACAUAGACUGGGUCCGGUGUUGACGUGCAGGCAUAUAACUAGGAAUUUGCUGAAGAUGUUGACGUUGUGUUACAUCGGCAAGGACAACCUGGCGGCGAGUAUCGGCGACGACCGCGACGAGUUCGAUAACAUCUCCAUCGUGAACAGCAGAGUGGUGGGAGACAAGAAUGCUAUGAAAGUCAUCAAAUGCCUUAUUUCUAUUGUCGCGAUGUACGGCGAACAGCUGGUGAUAUUCCAGUACUUGCCGCACAUGGGCGAGUUGAUCGCGUCGUGUCGCAAGCGCCUGUCCGCGCCGCUGGAGGGCGGCGUCGUGGCUUGCCUGCAGCUCGUCAAGUACCUCGUGCCUUACAUGUCGGAUGCUAAGCUAAUGGAGCAGUUGCAGGACACAUUCCUGAAGUCGAUCCUGCAGCCGGCUUUACGGUUGGCAUCGACAACGCGCGCAGCGUACCCGUGCGGCGUGGCCGCGCGCGCCGCGUGCACGCGCAAGUGGGUGUGCGCGCUGCACGCGCUGGCGCUGCGCGUCGGGCCCGGCAUGACGCGCCGCCACCUGUGCGCGCCCGCGCUCAUGAGAUUUUUCUUGGCAUUUGACAAAGCAAAUGGAAAGAUAGACAACUGGCCAAAACAAGAAGACAAUAAUGCUGACAAGAGUGCAGAAGAGUCGUCAGAAUCCAAGGUGGAAGGUUUCCUGGAGCUGUGCCGCGACGGCAGCACGGCGGAGUGGGCGGUGCGCGAGGGCCGCGUGGUGCGCGCUGACCUGCCCGACCUGGCCUGCACGCCGCCUCGACCGCCCGAUAUGCCGCCCGACGCCGCCAGCCUCACUGCUCAGGAGGAACUACUGAUGGUGUUUGACGAGGAGCUGGCGUAUCAGGCGUACACCAUGUUUGAGAAGCUUAUCGGAGCUGAGACCAUGGAACGGACGCUUAAGAACCCUGAUACCAUCCGCGCCUUGUGCCAAAGUUAUAAGCAGAACAACUCUAUUAGCUCACCGCUCCUCAUAAGUCGAGACAAACGGUUCCAGUCCUCGUUUAGCGACGAGCCGAUUAGCCGGAAGACCAUCGACAUAACUCCCACCAAGUCUGAGGCCAUGGACCAUAUAUCCAGCUCCAACAGCUUCGGCUCCAAUGUGACCCUAGUGGGCAACCGGAUAGAUGUGGCCAGCGAUGCCGGGGAUGUCGGCCCGUCGAGACAAGCCGGGUUUGAAGUUGUCGCCUACAAGAUGGAUAAUGGAGUCAAAAGCAACAGACAUCUUCGCGGCGACUGGCUGAUCUACUGGGAGCACGAGAUCGGGCGGCCGGACAAGGACACGCGCUUCAACCUCAAGCAGAUCAAGCUGCAGACGUUCCCGGGACACACGCACUCCGUCAAGUCCAUCCACUGCCUCGACAACGAGAACAGCUUCAUGAGCGGCUCUAAGGACAAGACCGUCCGCCUGUGGUCGCUGCGGAAUCAGGGAGAUGGUAACGCGACAUCGCAAUGCAACUGGACGUACACGGGCCACAAGAAGGGCGUGCUGUCGCUCACGUUCCUCGAGGCGAUGCGCCUUGCCGUCUCCACCGACUCCGUCGUCCACAUCUGGGACCCCUUCAUGGAGAGCGUCGUGUCACAGUUGGACAACAUAAAGUCCCCGGUGAGCAUCGUGCGCACGCUGCCGGGCCCGUCGGCCGUGGUACUGGCUGCCACUACCGACGCCACGCUCAAGAUCAUCGACGCGCGCGCCGCCAACUACACACAUGAACUGAAGCUGCCGAUGAGCGCGACGACGUUCGUGCGCUGCAUGUGCGUGUGCGCCAGCGGGCGCUGGGUGGCGUGCGGGCUGGCCAGCGGGCACGUCGUGGUGCUGGACGCGCGCGCCGCCGCGCCGCUGGCCGCCUGGCGCGCGCACGACGGCGAGGUACUACGUCUAGCGGCGGUAGACGAGCAUAGACUGUUGAGCUCUGGUCUAGACCAAGUGACCGCGCUGUGGCGACCUGAUGACGGCGAGUUGAUCGCGCACCUCAAAGGCAGCACAGAACCGGUCCACUGCUUGUCAGUAUACUACAACGAGCUGAUCUCCGGCACGACCAACAACCGCAUCGGCGUCCACACGAGCCUGGAGCCCGACGCCAGCUUCUCCAGCACCAAGCUGCGCUCCGACACGUUCAAGGGAGUGCUGACUUGCAUGGCAGUACUACCUCUGAACAGACUGCUGCUGCUGGGAGGAGACAACGGGAACAUCACGCUGCUCUGCUGAUCUGGACUGGUGCGUAGUUAUCUAAAGGGCGAUUUGUAUUGCUUGCCCUAGCAACGAACUUUAAAGGAAAACGGAUUUUUGUAUAUAAAAGUAAAGUUGAAUUGUUGCGUGCGGCAAUCCCUCGGACAUUGGUUCUGAGCCGCUUGAGUAGACACAUCCACCUAUCAUCCACAUAGGUGGAUAUGUCUACUUUGCACGGCAACAGUAGCGUUCGAGUGGAUCCGCCUUAAAAAGAACUACGAAGAAUGCUAAUGGUGUCUAUUCGAGCGGAAACCUAUUUUAGGUUGACAGCUCUUAAAGUAAUGCCGUCCUUGACUUACUGCACAUGUGCAAGAAAGAGAUAGAGUUAGUUUCAGUCCUGUCGAAUUGAAUCGGCACCAAUGCCUUCCUUAGCAUUCUUCCUACAGUGCUAUGCUACGUAAUUAGUAAGAAAGUAUUAGUAUUGUAGGUACAACUAAAUGUUCCAACUUUAGAAGGAGAAGGAUGAUGCUCUCAGUAAGAGAUGUAAAAAACAAGAAGAGAGUUGUUAGAGAAGAAAGUUGGAGAGAAAAAGGUAAGAAAAAAUAAAUAAAAUUAGUAAGAAAGUAUUGUAGGUUCAACUUUGACACUCUUUUGUCUGUUUAUGAAAGAGAGAUAGGGGAAUAAGGUAAGGAAGUAAGGUAGCAAAAGCAACGUCAGUUUGGCGAAAUUAAUUUUGACGCCUACUUUUGUGAAAAUGUUAUCAUGUAAGUGUUAUUUGACACAUUCCCAUUCGUAUCUAGAUUAAAAAAGAAGCAGAUACAGAGCUAAAAAGAAGGAAACAGAAGAGACGUGGUAAAGAACAUAGUAAAUAGGGCGGAACUGCUAGAGGUUGGGCGCAGAUUAAUUAUAUUGUACUUUCCCCUGUUUCAUGCAUUUCUGAUGUCCGUAUUCUGUCGGUAGAUCUCAAUGUGUAAUUUUAUUUAUUUAUUUAUAAUAAUGUUUUAUAUGUACUCUAAAAGACUUGCAAUACGAUGGCUGCAAUAUAUUGAUUGUACCCUCCAUUUUUUUGCGUGAUUAACCUUAAACAUAAAUUUACAGACACGAAAAAAUCUGUGUAUACUGUAUAUAAUACCAAAAAUAAAUACCUAAUAUUAUUGAUAGUAAAGUUUUAUGUAUAUAAAAUUGAUCAUGAAUACAAUUCUAUAAAUAAUAUAAAAUUAUAAGUAAACAACAGAAUCGACAUGUUGCAUGUGCGUCUGAACAGGGUUCCUAGAAUACGAAAAUGUUUUAUUUUAAUCAAAUGCAAUCAUUCCAAUUGUGUAAUACGUAAUAAUUCCAUAAUUUUAAGAUUAAUUUAUUAUUAUAUUACAAUGGCGUCGAUUACGGUGAUCAAAACUUAAAUGUUGUUUGAAAGUCCUAAAGUAGUGUCGUCCUUCACUCAGUGUUAUUGUAAGAAAGAGAUAGCGCUAGAUUUAGAACUGUCAAUACCAAUAACAAUGUAAGGAUACCCAAUUACUAUUUUAAAUAAUGUAAGUACAAAAAUCAUGUUACCAAAGAGGUUAGCAUCACCAAAAGCAUAAUAAUUUGUCUUGUGGACUGGGCAUUUAGGAUUAACUCUAUGCGUCUAUGAAAUAUGGAACCAAUUCCACGUUAAUUUCCACAAUACGUGAAACAGUAAAUAAUGAUAUACAGGGUGUUUCGAAGUAGUGAAUCUUACGAAACAUGGUGAUGCCGAAAUUCACAGUUUACCGUUCUAACACCUCUAAAAUUAAGCAUAUUUUUAAGCGUGUUUACUGAUUCAGCAGAGUACAUUCUUUUUCGCCACAGAUACUAAAAUAUUUGUGAGUGAAAAUUCUGAAUGCUUUUUCUGUGAUAUUCAUUAGAUAGCGCAGUUAUUCAGGAGUACAUAGCUUAAUUCAAAAUUAAAAUUGAAGCUGAUUUGUAGAAAUCGCAUGAAAAAUGAGGAAUUUUUACUUUUUCACAAAAAUCACAAAUAUCUCGUGUGGUUUUGUUUUUUUCUUUAGUCAAGAAUUCAAGACCCCCGCUAUUGCGAUGUUUCGUUUGAUUCUACUUACGGGACACUGUAUGGUUCUGCCUGCCUACACCUAUGGGAAUGGCGAAUACUUUAUUAUUUAUGGACGUGUAGGGUUACUGCUUCUAAUGAAUAAUUUCAUUGGUUGACAGAGGUCUCUUAGUGAUAUUAUCGAACAAAUAUUUAUAUCAAUUACUCUUAGUUCUUAAGCAAUUUUAAGAUUUAGUUCCUACACAUUUAAGGUAAGUCCACUAGUGUUUCAGAACAGUAAAGUGUUAUUUACCUAUUCGAUUCAGUGCAGUUUCAUGAAGAAGUACAAAUUAAAUGAGAUUUACUUAUUUGGCAACACCGAUGAACCACCAAUAUACCGAUAUGAACUAAUCAAAUUAAUUUUCUACCUAUAUAAAUAUUUACAAAAUGUAAGUUCCUUUCUUAUAAUACAUUUGAAUUUGUGUUGUCAUGCUGAAAAAUUGAUAUUUAUUAACACUGAGAUAAUUACUGUGCCAAACCCAUUGGCCAAUGGCUAUAGAAUUGCAAUUGAUAGAUUAAAGCAUUAUUAUUGUUCCUUGUUAGAAACGGAAAAAUGUUCAUAAUACGAAAUAAUACUCAUCACUGAAAGUUGUUGCGAAUAAGAAAUGUAAGCGCUUAGAAAGUAGAAAAUGUUACUUGUAUGAAUAGAAGUUUAUUGAAGAAGUGUAAACUUGGCGGAGUAGAGUGGUAAGGUGGGGUUUACACGGUGCGAUUUUUAGCCGCAUUGUGAAAACGAAUAAAAAUCAUACUUGUAAAAUUCGAUUUGACGGAACAGGUGCUGAGUGUAAUCGAAAUGUUGACUUUUGUCUAACAGUUAUGCCGACAAUUGACGCGUGUAAAUCCGCCUUUACGGGAAGUGUAGAACACAUGGUCUGCUAGGAAGACAUCGGAAGUAUAGCCUGUUACUGUUGCCAUACGUAGUGGAAUAAGAUCUCUAAGGUAUCAUAAUGACACGUAUUAAGUAUGCAAUCACGGUUGAGAACAAUAAUACAAGUACAUAGAUACUACGCAACAUAAUAAUAUACCAGUGUUAGUGACAUCGUAACGAGUACUGAGGGGGAUGAUUCAGACCAUGAUUCUGAGUUCAUAAAAAAAUAGUGUUUUUUGAUUAUUUUCAGUUCCAUGUAGUGAAUGCAACCCCGACUCGAGAUCGCAAAUUCGAGAUCCUGCAGGAUUGCAAAUAUCAAUCCAG